AUGAAGAGCCUUCAGUUCCGCAGCAUCGCCCCCAAGGCCCCAGUCAUUGUGCCUUCCCCAUCUUCUGCAGUCCUAUCUUGUCAACUUCCCCCUUCCCUUCCGGAAGCUAGUAGUGGCUCUAGCCCUAAAUCCAUUGUUGUGCCAACCCAAAACUAUGCACUGAUGCAAAUAGCUGGUCAGGAUGGCACAUUUUCUCUGGUGGCACUGCCCCCUUCUGUCUCCCAAACAACACAGCAACAACAACAACCUCAACAGACCCAUUCCAUCCAAAAUAAUCCUAAACUGCCCAUCCCCAGAUACAAGCCGAUGAGGAGUGUUGUGACCCCCGAUAAGGUUAAACUACGCCCAGUUGCUCGAAGGGUGAACACAGCCACUGGGGAGACUUCAACAGCACAGUUAAAAACUCUGGUGAGCAGCACGUCAACAUUGAUCAAGAAAAAGAAAGAGGAGUGCGCCGUUACUCAAAUUCAGAAGCUAAAACAGGAAACAUCAGAGCAGGUCAUUUUUAUAGACCCGGCCCAUUCGGAAAUCUCUGUCCCUGCCCUGCUACCGGAAAAUGCAGUCCUGGGCCCAGGAUCCCAGUUAGAGCAAGCUCCAGUAAAAGCUGAAGAACCUGGAGCAACAAGCAUUCAAAAUCCAUGUCAGACUCUCCCAACUGCUCUCAAAACCUGCCCAGUGAAAUCCCUUGAGCAAAGUGGUGCUAUGAUGAGGAUAUGCCAAUCUAAGCCUGCAUCAGCUCAGCCUCAAAACAGCAUUGCUGUUAUCUCUCCAGCCAUCUUUAGCAAAGCAGUCCAGAUUAUCCCUUCAGCUCCUAAGGGUAAACUGCCCAUCCUACCUUACUCUAAAAUGAAGAACACACUUAUUCCAGCUGCUAAACUCAACAUGACCCAAGAUAAGAAGGGUUGCUUGAAUCAAUCAGGUCCCAUGAGUCCCAAAGAGCCUACAUCUUCAUUUCAUGAAACAUCUGAAGCUCUGACGCCAAACUCAUCUCGUCAGCCCCAGAAUAAGAACUCGCUCAUCCCACUGUUGGGCAACCUUCAAAAGAUGCCAGGAAAGAAAAGGGGAAGAAAGAGAAAGACGAUGGAAGACAUCUUAGCAUAUGAGGCCAGAAAGAAAAGGUCAUUGUCCUUUUUUCGUAGAAGGGUCCCUGAAAAACCACUUAUUGUUAUAUCGGGUUCCAAACAAAAAGAAGUUGACAUUUCCAAAAAGUAUCGUAGCAUUCAGCCCAAACCAGUGUUGGUGAUGGAGACAGUUCCCCAGUUACUUAGUUUGCCUGCCUGUACUUUAGAUGGUCAAGAACCUGAACUCUUACCAAGUCAUCAGCUCCCCACUCCCAAAGCAACGAUGGACCAAGAUCGUCCUCCACAACACUCUCCCGUCACUUUACAUCUGAGCGGUACAGCCCAUUCCAGAAUUUUAGUUGCCAGCCGCUAUAUCUAUCGUUGUCCCACCUGCAGCCGCUGCUUCCAGUUCAAGCAACAUCUCCAGAGUCACAUGAACAGUCACACCAACAGUCGACCAUAUGCCUGCCCAGUGUGCCGCAAAGCGUAUGCACAUUCUGGGAGCCUGAGCACCCAUAUGAAGGUUCACCAUUCAGAAGCCCGAUCUCGUCGGUCUCUAAGAUGCGAGUUCUGCGAAAAGGCUUUUGGAUAUGUGGGUGUUUAUUUCAGUCAUCUGCGAGAGGUGCACAAGGUCUUGCUUACAGUGGAGCCAUCCAUAAAACAUGAGGAGAGCGUGGCUGUUGACGGUGAAAAUUCAGAACCAUCAAAUGAAGAGGAUCAUAAAGAGUCUGUGGAGCUGCAGAUUAAAUGUGGCCGCUGCCAAGUGGCAACCUCCAGUUUUGCUGACAUGAAGAUGCACCUUCUGUAUGUUCAUGGGGAGGAGGUCCAGGUCCAUCUACAGGGCGAUCAACCAUUGCCAGGUGGGCAUAAUGCUGAAAAAGAGCUGGUGAAACACGCUGCACAUUACUGGCGACAGCUCAACAAAAAGCGCAGCCUUGUCAAGUGUGGAAACUGUGACGAGGAGUUCUUGUCUUUUGCGAAACUCAAGAGGCACAUUAUGUUCCACCACUGUGGAAGUGAAGGGGAGGACAGGGAGCCUGUCCAGACAUCAGCUGCCGUUGGAUGCAAUGGAGUACUUGCAGUAGGUUCUGCCUUUAACUGUGUGCUUUGCAGCAAAAUGUUCGAUACUAAAGAAGGUGUUCUGGCGCACUGGAGGGGUUACCACCACUGUGAGCAACCCAGUUUACUGUGGGCUGCCUUGAGCGCCUACUCUGGCAUGGAAGACGAUGACUGUAAUCUGGAAUCUCCUGAUUCAAAUCCUCUUUAG